GCGUUGGUUUUUAUGUGUCGGGGAAAUCGACAAAAGCUGUUUCGGAUUAUGAACAAUUCGUUAUUUGUCUGUAAUUCGCCUACAGCUGAACAGGCGCCCGUGUCCGUGUCUAGGCGCGCCGUUCUCGUCUCGGUAGACCGAACCGGCCCGAGUUCGGCCCUUUAUCGGUUUCACUCGCCGAACUCGUGUCGAAUAUCUCGAUUCGGUCGUAAAUAUUGUGACCGAAAGACGGUUUUCCUGAAGGGAAAUAAACCAACGACCAUUGUUUCACAGCUGCCGUAUCCGAUCAGUUAGCGGGCUCUAGAGUGCGCGGUUUAAAGCGUGAGUGCCCCAAGUCUCCGCAGAGGUUCUAGUCAUGGCAAAUCAGUCGAUGGACAUCAUAACGAAGGUUUUGGAGCAGUCGGCCAAGCUUGUGGAGGAGCAAGUGGAUGCGCAUUUGAGCAAAUUGGAUCGUUUGGAUGAAGACGAAUUAGAAAGACUGAAGGAAAGGCGACUAGAGGCACUCAAAAAAGCCCAGAAACAGAAGCAGGAGUGGUUGUCUAAAGGCCAUGGAGAGUAUAGAGAGAUACCAAGCGAAAAAGACUUUUUCGGUGAGGUCAAGGAAAGCAAGAAUGUAGUCUGCCAUUUCUACAGAGAUUCCACUUUCAGAUGCAAGAUUCUCGACAAGCACUUGGCCAUCUUGGCAAAGAAGCAUGUUGAGACCAAGUUCAUCAAGCUAAAUGUGGAGAAAGCCCCGUUUCUGACAGAGAGACUGCGUAUCAAGGUCAUUCCCACCCUGGCUUUGCUGCUAGAUGGUAAAACCAAGGACUAUGUGGUUGGCUUCGCAGACCUUGGAAACAACGAUGAGUUUUCUACAGAGGUGCUGGAAUGGAGACUUGGCUGUGCGGAUGUCAUCAACUAUAGUGGCAACCGUAUGGAGCCUCCUACAAUGACACAGAAAUCCAGCUCCAAGUUCACAAAGGUGGAAAAGAAAACGAUCAGAGGGAGAGGCUACGACUCGGAUUCCUGUUCUGAAGACGACUGAAACACUUCCGAUCUUGUGAUAUUGCUCUCUCAGGGCUACCUCAUCCGCAGUCUUGCAGAUGGCCCUUAUUGAUUUCUAUCUUUUUCCAUUUUGUCGUUCACCCAUUAGUCACCGUCUUCCAUUCUUUUCCUCAAACACAUAAUAAUAAUAAUAAUAAUAAUAAUAAUAAUCAUUACAUUUAUAUAAUGCUUUUCUAGACACCCAAAGCACUUUACAAUGAAUGGGGUCACUCACUUCAACCACCACCAAUGUGUAGCACCUACAUGAUUUGGACUCCCCCCCCCCCAAUAAAUUAUAAGGGUAUUUGGGGUUAUUUAUUAUCCCCCCCCCCCCAUUUAAUUGGCUCAAUGAUUCCUCCCUCUCCACCUCAAGGUGAUGUGUGGUGAGCAUUCUGGGCACAAAAUGGCUGCUGUGCAUCACCCAGGUGGGUGCUACACAUUGGUGGUGAUUGAAAUUCAAUUCAAUUUAUUGUCAUUAAAAACCAUGUGCAGGCACAUGUUAGAAAUGAAAUGAGGGCUGUGGCUUCACCAAACAGUGCAAGACAGACAGACAAACACAGCAAACACAAUAUAAGAUAUGCACACAUGAAGACCAAAAGCUAAAAAUAAAUUAAAAAUUAGUUACCCCCUUCAGUGUGAAGCGCUUUGGGGUUCUAGAAAAGCGCUAUACAAAUGUAAUUAACACAUUCACGUUUCUCUCUUUUGUUAUUAUGUCAGUACAUAUUGCUCCCACAAAAAUUGAGAAACUAAACAAAUGAAGGCUUUUUCUCUGAUCAUUUGGACUCAUCCUGUCUCCAUGUUCUGGGCUUAGUUCUAUUGUAUGUGAUUUGUUUCUGUAUUGAGCGGAACUAAAAACUUCCAAUUAGACAUCCUGAUAAGUUGCAAUUUUUGCUGCUUUUAUGUUUCUGAACCUUUUUAGCUGUAUGUCUGAUGUUUUGAAUACAACUAAGAUGUGUGCUUGCAUAAAUGUACAGGAAUAUAUUCAGCAGCAUUAAUAAGUUAAUUCACAAAGUACAUUUUGUAUCAAGACUACUUUUAUUGGUGCAGACAUCAGUAAUAUUUUGACUUGAGGCUGUAUGAGCUCUUAAAUUUUGAAUGGCCUGUUAAUUGCAAUUAUUAACAAUGUUGACUAAGUACUUCCAUUCAUGACAAAAAUAACCAAGUGCCAAGGAUAAGCUGCAUUCCAGUUGAAACAUCUUUUCAUUCAUAUUUUAGAGUUUUUAUAGUUCAUGAUGCUUAAUAAAGAAACUGAUCCAUC